AUGUCUGUUUUUGGUGUACCGCCGCAAAACCCGCCGGGGGCCGCCCCGUCGAAGGCUGUCAUGAUGCCCGGCCCAUUUGCUAGUGUCUUCCCGGCGCCGGCAGACACUUCCCAGCAAAACCCGCCACACCCACAACCGCAAAAAGGACAAAAUGCGCCACUGUACGGGUUACAGCCGGUCUUUUUUUCACCCCAGCCGAAUCCCCCGGUACUUUCAUCGCAUGAGCAAAAUACAUUCAACGCCCCUCCAUCGGUGUUUUCGCGAACAGCCGGUAUGCAGCAGUCUUUUGGCUCACAAAACACGUUAACCGUCACGCCGUCUAUACAAAAAACGGUUCUGCCGUCAAAUUCGUCAGCGUCUGGAUUUAGCGCGCCUGUCUUUGGUGUCAGUUCUGCCUUUGGGACGUGCCCCAUACCGGACAAUGUCAGCGCGAGAAGUACCGCUCCGGCAUCUACGUCCGUCUUUCAGCAGUUCAGUCAGAAGGGCGAUGUCCUCCAGAAGCCGCAGCGUUCCACCACCUUUGGUAUGCCAAAAAGUGGCAUGAAUACGUUGAAUCCCGCAGUAGCGUUGCCACAGCCGUCGCAGCCAUUCACCAUGGCCUCUCCCGUGUUCUCUAAGGAGGAGUCAGGCAACGUGACCUUCAAUCCAAUGGCGUCGGGGGCUAAGCGAGGAAGGGGUGGAAGUACUCCUUUUGGUGGAAGGGGCGCUGGGCGUGUGGAUGUUGCCCCGUCUCAGUUUGGAGAAAAUUCUCCUAGACGCGCGCGGAAAGAGCCACCACCAACACCGCCACAACAAAAACUAAAGUUUUCUUCGGCUUUUGUUGCGCCGGUACCAGCACCUGCCACAAAGGGCAGCUGGCAACCGAGGCAACCUGUGCAGGAACAACGGCAAAUGACUACCGGAGGGAUUGCGACGGAGCAACUUCUCUCUACGCGUGUAUUCAGUGCCUUCAUGCGCAAGAUCUUGGACGAAAGUGAUGUAAUUCGCGAGGAAGCAGCAGAUUUUCUUGAGGAUGCGUUUUUUGGGGUUGUGGGCAGUCAUGGUAGCGGCGAAUUUCCCACGGCGUUGCAGCAGAUGCUUGCAGUGUGGCACGAGGUAAAAGAAACACAACCACAGUCGUCUAUAAAAGGGGAACAUUGGGUCGUGCUCUUUGCUCUUGGUUGCCACGUAAACUUCCUGACAAAUACCAUUCUUGCUGAAGCGAAUGAACAGCAGGGAACUGCGGAUGCGGAUAACAAUAACAACGAUAAUACUAACAAAGAAGGUAGCAAUGAUGAUAAUGGCGGUGCUGGUGACCAGAAGGACAUCGUUCUCGGCAACAAAUGGGCCGCACUCACAAACAGCUGCACGUAUGCCAAUAUUAUGUGUGACAUCUUUUUGCAACUAUUCUCCAAUCAGGCCGAGAAUCAUGUGCCGUAUAGUGUUCUCCCUUUUGUUUUGCGACGGGUGCGAAAUACGUUUGAGUUGGCUAAUGAUGAGGGUGUGUUGGCGGUUCAGUCCAACAUGAAGACGACGUUGUUAAAGCUUUAUCGCUAUGUGCGUGUCCCCACGCUUCAACAAGAACAACAUUCUGUGGUGGAGCGACAACGCACGGCUGCCUACGCGUGCGUAUUGGGCGAGUUGAUGUUGCACAGUUAUGCCCCUUCUGGCCGCGAUGAAUUCGUUCAGUCGUUUCACCAGCAUUGCAGUAACAUGACUGAGAUUCGCUGCGCAUUGUACCAUCACUAUGCUCAUAAUCUUCUGCAAGAGUCUCUGACUGACACUGUUAUCCAGGAGGCCAUGGAGCUCUUGGCUCGGGCCUUUGUUAUUCUGCCGGAGAGUGCUAAAGAAAACAAACGCCUGCUGUUUCUCAAACUCACUGCAUGUGGUUUGGCUUUGGGACGUGUGCCCUCGCCGGAGGAACAGGAGGCAUACAACGUGGCCGAGCUGGAGGAUUUGAUUGUAGCGGUAAGAAGCUCCAACUGGAUGCUGUUUGAGAUUGCGAUGCGGAACAACUCCGAGUUUUAUGUUCAGUGCGGAAUUCACAAUGUGCUGCAGGUUGUAGGCAAACGCAUUUCUCUUCUGAUGGUUGUGAAGUAUUACGUCAACAGCUUCUCGAGUCGUCUGCAUGUGCAGGAUAUGAUUGAUUAUUACGAGAUGCCUUUUACGCUUUAUGAAGGCUGUCAUGUGUGGCUUUUGCCGUUGUUAGUGGAGAAGCGCAUCAAUGGUGUGAUGGAGAGUGGAGUUUUGGUGCUCAGCAGCGCAAACCCCUUUGAUGCCUACAGCAAGGAGGCGCUCACUGCCCUUGCUACGAGGGACCAAGGUGAAUAG